AUGGCUCAAAGAUCUCGCAUUCCUUUGAUGCUUCUUGCAUUAUGCUGCCUGACGUCAGCAGGGCCAUUGCUUCGCAGUCCGUGUGAGCUGCUGCCGGUCGGGACCGGACACCCUGUGCAGGCCAUCCUGAAGAGCUUCACCGCCAUGUCAGGCUGUGCAAGCAAAGGCACCAUGAGUCUGUCUCAGGAGGUCCACGUCAUUAACCUGAGAGGACAUGCUGCAGAGGGCCCAGACAGCACUCCUGCAAGAGUUGAGCUGCAUCUCAAGCCCAUCCAGUCUGUGCGCCAGCACCAGAAGCGCUUGGUCUUUGUGCUUAACUCCCCCCAACCUGUGAUAUGGAAUGUUAAGGCAGAGAACCUGGCCCCGCACAUCCAUCAUACCUUUUAUGUAUCAGUGGGCUCAGAGGUCCUAUUUAAACAGACAAACUUCUCCCUGAACACUCGAUUCCAGGAGGAAAGGCUUCCCCAAGGCAAUGAGCAUCUCCUCAACUGGGCCCUGAAGAAGUAUCAGGCAGUCACCUCUUUCUCUGAGCUCAGGAUGACUCAAGCCAUCUACAUCAAAGUUGGAGAAGACUCAGUGUUUUCUGACACUUGCAAGAUUGACACCAGGUUCCUGUCUCUGAACUACCUGGGCAGCUAUGAGGAGCCACAGACUUCAAAGGGUUGCAUCCUGUCUGUGCCUAACAAAGAAGUCCACAUCAUUGAGCUGCAAGCCCCGAACUCCAGCAGCGCUUUCCAGGUGGAUGUCAUUGUGGAUCUAAGGCCUCUGAAGGACAAUGACUCGGUGGUGCGGGAUGUCAUCUUGGUGCUCAGAUGUGCAAAGUCUGUCCACUGGGUUGUCAAAGUCCACAAUGUGCAGGGGAAUCUGGAGGUUGUGGCUUCUGAUACAGUGACCAUUAACUCCCAGAUGGAAGAGACGACUUUCCCCAGGCAGCCUUUGCCAUCAGGAUCACAAUCCUUGAUCAAGUGGGCAGUAGAUAACGGCUACAGUCCGGUCACCUCUUACACCAGCACCCCUAUGGCAAACCAUUUCAACAUCCGACUGCGAGAGCAAGAUGUAUCAGAUCAUCUGGAGAGCAGAUUGCCUCCUGAGCUGUUCGACCUGCGUCAUGUCAGCCCUCUGCCAGAAAAAGGACCUGCGGCACCACGCUCCAGUCUGCCCUUUCCAUUUCUUGCACACUUGCCUGUCAGUUUGUCCACUCUGAACUAUGACAACGAAGAACCCGUUGAGGAUAGAAACAUUUCGGGUGUUGAACUCAGUGUUCAAUGUGAGGAAAAGAGGAUGGUCGUCAGCAUUGACAGAAAGAGCCUGGAGGCGAAAGGAUUUGCUAAUGCCAGCCUCAUGCUGAAAGACCCAGAAUGCAAAGCAAAAGUCAAUGCAACCCACUACACACUGGAGACAUCUCCGACUGGAUGUGGCACCAUUGUGUUUCCUGUGUAUGAUAGCCCAGAUGUCCUUCAUAUCAACUCUGUGACGGUGAUUUCAGACGAGGUGCAGGCUGAUGACGAUCCGUUCUCCACCUGGUUCCCCAGACUUGGAGAAGAUGCAGGGAGGACACAGGCUGAACCAAAUCCACCAGCUCCUUUGAUAGAUUUCAACUGCACAUACAGAAAAUAUAAGGAAAUCUCAAAGCCUAAACCUGAUCUGAGCAGACAGCCAGUCAACAGCAUAAGUUUUGAGAUGGAGCUGUACAAAACUGAGUCCUUCAACGAUCCUCCGCAACAGGGCGUCUUCACAGUUUCUGACCAAAUGGAAGUGUUUGUGCAGAUCACGUCAAAAGCAUUGGACCCGGACAUUGGACUCACUAUCACCUCAUGUUUCAUCUCCCCCAACUCCAGCCCCACAGUGUCCUCUGACUACAAGCUUAUUGAGACAGUCUGUGCCGAGGAUAACUCACUUAAAUGGAUCCAGAACCCUCAGAGGCACUUGUUUUUUUCUGGAAAGAUGGGGGAAUCUUUUAGCUUCACCUUCAACUCCAAAAUGUUGAACUCACCAGUUAUUUUUCUGCACUGUGAGAUGUCUUUGUGCUCAGAGGAUUCUCCAAGGAACCAGGAACUACCACAGUGCCUGGACCCCAGAAACAACUGUACUUCUCUGACUGGGGAGACAAUCUUUGCAUUGAUGAGCAACAAAAUGUUUUUGAUGAAGCCGAUGGCAGUGGUUGAUACCAGUGAGUCUCAAGGUCAUCCUCCAAAGAAACUAGAACCUAAAGAAGCUGAGAUGUUUCUCUUGGACACCACCACAGUGGUAUUGAUCGCCUUCGCCGCCUUUGUUAUUGGGGCUCUGCUGACUGGGGCCCUGUGGUUUAUCUACACACACACAGGUGGGACCGCCAGAGCGCAGCCCGUUCAGAAGCCGCAGCCCGUCUCGGAGAACAGCAGUGCAGCCCACAGCAUAGGUAGCACGCAGAGCACGCCGUGCUCCAGCAGCAGCACUGCGUAGCUUGGGACGCCGCCCCGCACACUGGCCGCAACGCCUUCACGCAAACCGGUUCGUUGGUCUUCUAAAGCGAAAAACAAACAAACAAAAAAAACACCGACAAAUGUGCUGCGAUGAUUCUGAGAUGCAUCUCUGCACAAGAAAGAAAGAAAGAAAGUUCUGUUUAGAUGGGUUUUUUUUUUUUUUUCAAAUCCAAAUGCUGCUCUUCUGAUCACAAUUAAGCCUUUUUUUUCCUUAAAUGGUUUGAAUUCAGUCGCUUUGCUCCAUCGGUGAUUGAACACGGCAAGAUUUGCAGAGGUUAGGAAGUGAUAUGUUGAUGGCUGGACCGUAAACACAUUACUUUAACACACGCAACCUAGAAAGUAGCACAGGAGCAACACAACCACUAUUAGAAAGAAGACAAAAGUGCAGUAUGAACUUAUCUGUCAUUAUCCUGACAAAGAGAGACAAUGGAGGUGUUGAAUGUAUGAGAGAAGAACAAGCACCAGCAAAUGUGAAAGAACAAUGUGAAAGAUCUGCAGGUAGACCUCCAUAUUUUACAAAAAAGAAGACUUUUCUUUAUUUUGGAUUAAAGUGUAAACAGUAGAUAAUAGUACAUUAGAGAGGCUCAAUAGGUGCAAGUUUAAAAUGGCCACAUUUUCAGAGUUUAAGCAUACUAAUUUGCUGAAGUUAAAGGAAAAGACUGAUACUUGUUUUGUGUCUGUGUGUGACUAGCCUGGCUUCAUGGUGUCAAUCAAAUCAAAUCGAAUCGAUCUGUCAAUUUUAUUUAGCAGGAAAUUGGUGUAGAUUGUAAGAAAUCCUCAAAAUCUGACCCGGCGUUUUAAUUCCGUUUAGGUUAUUCACAAUACAUAUAGUCUCUCAAGACAAUUUAUUAAAAAAUAACAUGCAAUUUAUAUAGAGAAAUAAGUGGCGCCCCCAAGGGGAGGGCCACUUGAAAGAGAAUUGUGCCAGAGAAUUGUGUUCAGGCUAUAGCGCUUUAUCACAUCAUUUACAUGAUCGUCUUCAAUCACAACAUAAAUGGGUAAAAAAUAAAUUGAUUUAUACAGCUCUGGAAAAAUUAAGAGAACACUGCACUGAAUGACUUUGGAAACCUCCUGGUUAUUCCACUAGAUACUGAUUUCUGAACACUUCCUGAGUUAAAACAUUAACAUUGUUGUUUCUAAAUGAAUAUGAACUUGCAUUAUUUGAGGUCUAAAAGCAUAGCAUCGUUUUUCAUUAUUUUGACCAUUUCUCAUUUUCUGCCAAUAAAUACUAAAUAUUUGCUUGGAAUUUUGGAGACGUGUUGUCAGUAGUUCAUAGAAUAAAUGAACAAUGUCCAUUCAAACAUGUACCUAUAAAGAGUAAAAUCAGAGAAAUUGAUCUUAAUUUAUAUAUAUAUAUAUAUAUAUAUAUAUAUAUACCAAUUGGUACCUAAAGUUAUCAUCUGCGGUUUAAAUUCCUUUUAAAAUGUUUUAAACUCAGUAUUUCACAUUACAGUUUCCACUGAGUCCAGCCAUUACUUUGUAAGCCAAGACAUUCUCUUGUUUGCAUUACUAUCCUUCAGACACAAGAGAGGUCUCAGUCUUCUUCUCAGUUGUCUUUUUUUAUAGCUCCUGAAGUGUUGGUGUACAGUUCUGGUCAGAAGUUUUCAUACACUUAUUAAAAUGAAUUUCCUUAUAAUUUGUGGAUUUAAAUUAUGUAUUUCAACUAUUAAAAUCUGUUAAAAUCUUAAACAACCUCAACUGUGAACUACACAACAGUCUGAAAUAUACAUCGCCACAAAUGCUUGGAGAAAUGUUUGCUAACAGGGAGAUCUUUGUAUUACCAACCUGCUGGGAGGAUUCUGGCUUCAUAUUUGAGCAUGUAAUGUUUUAUAAAUCUGUCCAUGGUGGAAAAAAAAUUGUUCAAAUCAAAUAUUUUAAUGUUAACAGACCCAAAUUAAGUCAGCAUUCAUGCUAAUGGUGACCGUAUGAAAACUUCUGCUCCAGACUGUCGAUUUGUAUUUUUAUGUGAAUAAUUGUAAAUAGGCAAAUGUGUUUCGAGGGAAGCACAUGUGCAAACUUCUCUUUUCUGCUUUAUCUGUGCCAGUCCCUUCUUUUAUAACCUGAAGAAUCUCAUCCACAGUGUUGACUGACUGACUGACAGCAUUAACGACGGCCAUAUUUAAAGAACAACCCAGCGAUCACAGUUAGCCUGCGCUAGCUGAGGUCUUGCUGUCUGUCUUUUCAGCAUGCAGCACAUUGUCAUAGGAAUAGAAAGGCGUCAGAUGAUAAAAUGGAGUAGCGCUCCCUGUUUGUAAUCUUUAUCAGACAAAACAUGGUGCAUUUUUCCAUGGUUUGCAGACACCAGACGGUCAGUGUUUGGAGUUCCUUAUCCCACUUGGUUUUGUGUAAAUCUUGGCACUCAGUCUGUUGUAUAAGCUGUAGCCAAAGUUCUUUGUUUCACAUAUAUUUUCUUCAACAUCGUAAACUCCCCACCGCUUUACAAGAAUAUGAAUGUUUUCUGUGUGGGGGUGUGUGUGUGUGAGUAUCAAGAGUGUGUGUAGGGGGAAAAGCGGGGGCCUAGAGUGGGAUAGAAGAAGAGAUGUUUCCCUGAAGCAGCAAUAGGGACACAAUGCUUUUUAUCUGUUUGUUUUUUCUUCUCCUUUCUCAAUGUAAACUUAUGUACAGCUUUCUACAGAUGCUAUAAAUAAAUAUAUUUGUGUAUAAGAUUAUAUUUUGGAAUGUAUUUACGACAGAAUUUUAUUGUGAUGUGUGUGUGUGGAAGUACUGUGAAUUGUGGAUUUACUCAUAUAACAUGGUUUGGGAAAUUCUUUGUAAAGCAUACAUAAAAGUGUUGCACGCUGUCGAAUAAGAUGCAGUUUAGUAAAUACUUAUACUAUAAAGUUGUUGCUAGAAGCCGCCUUUUAUUCACAAAUUUCUAGACAUAUUUCACGUUUGUUGUUCUGUUUGAAACUUUAAUAACCUGUGCAGGCAUUGCUAAUGUUCUACACCCCAUCCAGCUGUUUAAAACUGAGAACGGGACUCACAACUCCAAAUGUAUUAAGCUAUGCUUUUUAGACACACCGUUCAUUUUAAAGAAUAUAAACUGAAGCUUUUAGACACUUCAUAGCAUCCCAUCUCUAAAGUAGCACAUAGUAAAACAUGAAACCAGCUCUGGUUUGUAACCUUUGGGUCAUGCGCAGUUUGUACAAAAUGAUUCUGCAUCAUAUUAAGCCACAGCCUCCCAUCAUCAAUAAUAGCACUUUUUUAUAAAGAUGAGCAAAAAAGCCUUAAAUUGAUCUUUUAUUUCAGUAGUAUAACUUUGUUGCAGUUUUUUAAAGAUAUGUUGUCUAUAGUCCAGCAUCUGUAAGCUUAACCUAGCAACUAUUUUAUUGAUGAUCUUCACACAGCACCAAAAUGGCAUGUUGUUCUGUCUUUCAAGUCAUUUCCAAGACAAUGUGUCUAUCCUUAAGGGAACGUAAAUGUUGUUGUUUUUCAUUCAAGUAUCUUCAGAGAGUUGUUCCUGCUGUUUUGCAGUGAGAAUCUGCAGUAGCAGUCUUUCAAUCUAAAGAAGCCUCUGACUGAAGACGGUUGCUGUAUGACAGUCUCAUGACCGUCAUGACAUGCAAACUGCUCCAUUUCCAGGCAGCAGAGACAAUAGUACUCUGUAACAGUGGUUCUACUUAACCACCUCCUUUGCUUUGGCUGAUCUGUCUGGCAGAGAUUCGCUGAAGUUGGAACAGAAAAUCUCUUUUUCUCUCUGCACUUUAAAUAAUAAAGUUGAAAAAAAAAAAAUUAAAAACGUAAAGCACAAAUGAUCAAAAAGCUUAAGCUACCCUGACUUUGUUAGAUGUUUAAUAUACCAAUGAAUGUGUACAAACUGAUCCAAUUUUUAAAAAUUUCCUCAAUGUGGGAUUUUUAUAUCAAAUCAAAGUUGGAUUAUUUUCUUAAAGAAAUUUUACAAUGUUGAAUUAUCCUGCAAUAAAAGCUGCGUUCAGUUUAAUGCUUUUUACUCAUCUUUGCCAACAUGUAAGGAGGACACGGUAAUUAGAGCACAAAUCCAUGGAUCUAUUGAUUGUAUUUUUUUAUGUGAUUUGACUACCUCAUAUGAUUUUUGAAUGUUGAGCUUGUAUGCCUGUAUGUGCUAUAGGUUAAGCAGCCGUUAGAUUUAAAGCUCGAUCAUGACUCUUUUUUUUAAAUCACACUUUGUUAUUUGAAAUGAAUCUGACAGAAAACAUAUAUAUUAUGACAAACCUUUUUGUUGUGAGCCUUUGUAUGUUUAAGUUGAUCGUUUGACUUUCUUUGUGUUCAUAAAACCUUUUAUAUGCUGUAAAUAUGCAUGACCCCUGUACCCUCAUUAUGACCAAUAAAUAUUUUACAAUAAUUACAA